CGCCGGGCGCACGGCCUGCUGGGGGCCCCAGGGCGCGCGGCAUGCCGGGAGCGGGGCGGAGCGCGCCUGCGCCGGCGCGUCGAGGGGGAGAGGCAGACGCCGCGAUGGACGUGUUCCUCAUGAUCCGGCGCCACAAGACCACCAUCUUCACGGACGCCAAGGAGUCGAGCACCGUCUUCGAACUAAAGCGCAUCGUGGAGGGCAUCCUCAAGCGGCCGCCCGACGAGCAGCGGCUGUACAAGCUUACACCGCAGGCCCAUCAGGAUCUUGCCGAUCCCGACAGGUCUGCUGGAGCUUCGGCUGAUGCAAAAACAAUGGAGGGUGUGGAGGACGACCAGCUCCUGGACGACAGCAAGACACUGGGAGAGUGCGGUUUCACCAGUCAGACGGCGCGGCCUCAGGCCCCAGCCACGGUGGGGCUGGCUUUCCGGGCAGAUGACACCUUUGAGACCCUGCGCAUCGAGCCCUUCUCCAGUCCUCCCGAGCUGCCCGACGUGAUGAAGCCGCAGGACUCAGGAAGCAGUGCCAAUGAACAAGCCGUGCAGUGAGGCACCCUGGCCUGCCUCCGAGAGCCCCACCCCACCUCAAUAAAGCGAUUUGGGAGUCAGCCUGGUGCUUGCCACUCUCUUCGCACCUCCUGACCCUGGCACGGGCCUUCUCCCCAGCACUGCCAUGCCCACAGCACCCAGGGCUGCUCCUCAAGAGCCCGUCAGGCCAUGCUGAGGCCACCUGUCCUGCAAGGGGCCGUGGGGGGGGGAAAGGCCUGGGACAAAGCUGAGCCCCCCACAUUUGUAUACCACAUGAGCAGGCCAAUCGUCCCAGCUUGUGGACUUCAGACCUUGUUUCUGUUGAGAUAGCCCCUGAAAGGCCUGCUCUGAGGCACCCUUUGUUCUGCUUGAAGCCUUCUGUGCCAAGUAGCAAAGGCCAGAAGCAAAAGUGUAAGUUGAGCCCAACAUCUUGGUUUGAGGAUGGGUUCAAUGAGGGGCCACCACCCUGAGCACCUACCCACCCCGUCUUCCCAUCCGGCAUCUUCCCCACGGGCCAGCCCACAAGAGCCUCCGUGGUUCAGAGGACCCUCACUCCUCGGGGUGCAGUCAGGGUGGGAGGGUGGCUGCUCUUCAUUUGCUUUCCCCAUACCUAGUAAAUCAUUUUCAGUCUUAA